CGAGUGUGUGUAAAGUAUGGGAGAGGCGGGUGAAUGCCGGACUGAAUAGCACUGGGAGAACUUCAGCUUCAUUAUAUACUGUCGUCACCAGCUUCUGUUGACUAUCCUCGGCAUUGCUGGGAGAACGCAGCGCAGUUGCCCAGAAGUGCCGGAUGUAACAAAGGGAAAACAAGGUAGCGACAAACACUGCUGCAGAACAGACUAAACGUUGAUCAAGCAAUGUCUGUAAAAAUAUUGUUGCAAGGACGGAGAUAUUGUCAAGUUUUGUUCCAGAUAUGCGUUGCGUGUAGCAAGUAUUGAUGAUGAAACAGAUCGUCGAGGCAUUUUCCAAUCCGAUCAGAUGGAGUAAUCGAACUUGCACGAGGUCGUAUGAGUAUCUGCACGGACACAAGUUUUCACGAUCACCUCAUGUCAAUGUUUGUUUCAUGUUGCAUGGUAACACGGCGAAUAACACAAAGAGACGGCGUUUGUAGUAGACCACCAGAACUAAGU